GAUUGUUGAGUACGACAAUUAGCUCUCCUCUUCUAUCUUCUCUCUCUGAGCGUCAAGAAAUUCUCAUUUUCCCAGAAUAUCGUAUCUCCGAAUUCCAUGGAAACCCUGCUUCCGGACCCGUUUGAGAAAAACCCGGCGGACAUCCAUUUCCCAGACCCGCUUGUUUCAGACUGGUCAAAACCCUCGGUCCAAGAACCGAUCGGUGAAGGCGAGAACUUGCAGUUCUUGCCAGAGCCGGUGGGCUGUGAUUGGGGUGCAAGAGUUGUUGUCCCAAGCGGAACACUAGGUCAAGAAGCGGUUUGUGUGUCUGCAAUUGAGCAAGACGAAAAUCAGAUGUUCUUAGCCGAAUCUAUGAUAUGUGAUUCGGGUUCAAGACUUGUCCCGAGAGGGUUUUGCAAUCCCUGCUGUACAGAGGACAUUGUGUAUUUUAUUAAUGCUGGUGCGGAGGCAUCAAUAGAGUCCGAUUCAAGUAUUAGCUUUAUGCCUGACAAAUUUUUCCAAGGAGGAAAUACAUUUCAAACCGAAGAGUUUAUUGCUGAGGGUGGAGAUUAUCCCUUCAUAUAUCAGUCAGCACGGUUAGGGAACUUUACCUACCAUGUUCCCAAUCUUCCUCAUGGGGAAUACUUUGUGGAUCUUCACUUUGUAGAGAUUAUAAACAUUAAUGGGCCUAAAGGAAUGAGAGUGUUCAACGUGUUCCUUCAGGACGAAAAGGUUCUUUCUGAUUUUGACAUCUUCUCUGUUGUUGGAGCCAAUAAACCACUGCAAUUAAUUGACUCUAGGGUUUCUAUCAAAGAUGACGGGGUGCUUGCUAUAAAGUUUGAAGGGAUUAUUGGAAGUCCCGUAGUUAGUGGCAUUUGCAUAAGGAAAGCACCAGAAGUGUCAGCUAGUCAGGCAAAAGGCGAACAUCUUAUUUGUACAAACUGCACUGCUGAGGUAGAAUUUCCAUUGGCUCAGAAAAAAGCAAUGCGAAUGCAAUCAACAGCCAAAUAUGAGAAGAAGAUACAAGAGCUGAGUGAACUAUUGCAGCGCAAGACAGAUGAAUGCUACCAGUCCUGGAUGUCUGUCUCUGCAGCUAAUCAGCAUCUUGAGAAGGUUAGGAUGGAGCUUGACAAUAAGACAUUUCAGACAUAUUCCUUGGAUCAAAAUUUGGAGAAGCAAGCUUUGAAGCUGACAGAGAUCUCAAGUAGGUAUGAGCAUGAUAAACAAGUCUGGCGUGGGGCAAUAAGUAAUCUAGAGCAGAAAGUAAAGAUUAUGAAACAAGAGCAUUCUCAGCUUUCACGUGACGCACAUGAGUGUGUUGAUUCAAUCCCUGACUUGAGUAAAAUGGUCUUUGCAGUUCAAUCACUUGUUGAGCAAUGCGAGGAUCUUAAAUUUAAGUACAAUGAAGAGCAAGCAAAGAGAAGAAAGCUCUUUAAUGAAGUUCAGGAGGCAAAAGGAAAUAUUAGGGUAUUUUGUCGGUGCCGUCCAUUGAACAAAGCAGAGGUCUCUGCAGGGUCUUCGAUGGUUGUGGACUUUGAUGCAGCUAAGGAUGGAGAACUUGGCGUCAUAAAUGGUGGCUCCACCAAAAAGACCUUCAAGUUUGACCGUGUCUACACACCGAAAGAUGAUCAAGUUGAUGUCUAUGCCGAUGCCUCGCCUAUGGUAAUUUCAGUUUUAGAUGGGUACAAUGUUUGCAUCUUUGCUUAUGGGCAAACAGGAACUGGGAAAACAUUCACAAUGGAGGGUAAUGAGGGGAACAGGGGAGUCAAUUACCGCACCCUUGAAGAAUUGUUUAAAAUUUCCAAGGAGAGGGGUGAUACUUUCACCUAUGAUAUAUCUGUCAGUGUGCUUGAAGUCUAUAAUGAACAGAUUAGGGACCUAUUGUCUACAUCAUCGUCAUCUUCAUCAAAGAAAUUGGAGAUUAAACAAGCUUCUGAAGGGUUUCAUCAUAUACCAGGAAUAGUGGAAGCUAGAGUUGAGAAUAUUAAUGAAGUAUGGAGUGUGUUGCAGGCUGGAAGUAGUGCACGGGCUGUUGGAUCCAACAAUGUGAAUGAACAUAGUAGCCGUUCUCACUGCAUGCUUUGCAUAAUGGUAAGAGCAAAGAACUUGAUCACUGGUGAAUGCACAAAGAGCAAGCUUUGGCUUGUUGAUUUGGCAGGCAGUGAGAGACUUGCAAAGACUGAUGUGCAAGGUGAUCGCCUCAAGGAAGCUCAAAACAUCAACAGAUCACUUUCAGCUUUAGGAGAUGUGAUAUCAGCUUUAGCAAAUAAAAGCAGCCACAUUCCUUACAGGAACUCCAAGCUGACACAUCUACUCCAAGAUUCAUUAGGUGGCGACUCCAAAACAUUAAUGUUUGUACAAAUUAGUCCUUCCGACAAGGAUGUAAGUGAAACUCUGAGCUCACUGAACUUCGCCACCAGGGUUCGAGGGAUUGAGUUGGGCCCUGCAAGAAAACAAGUUGAUACAAGUGAGCUCCAAAAAUUGAAAAUGAUGCUUGAUAAGGCAAAGCAUGAAUCCAGAUCUAAAGAUGAGUCCCUAAAGAAGCUUGAAGAGAGUCUGCGGAGUAUAGAAAGUAGGGGAAGAGAGAAGGAGCAGGUUUCCAAAAGCCAACAAGAUGAAAUCAAGGAAUUGAAAGCUCAGCUUGAAUUGAAGGCAUCAUUGCAUUCCCAGUCUGAAAAGCAAAUAUUUCAUAUUUCUGAUAGAUUGAAGGGGAGUGAAGAAACUUGUGCCACUCUUCAACAAAAGGUUGCUGAUCUAGAGAAAAAGCUGAGAGAACAAGGGCAGUUUGAAUAUGAAAACUAUAAAAAUAAGGUCAAGGAUGUCGAAAACAAGCUGAAGGAGCAAUUACAAGAAUCCGAGUCUCGUUCUAUCAUCCUUCAACUCAAGGUUGAGGAGCUCGAGAAGAAACUGAAAGAACACGAGAAGAACUCCGAGUCUGCCUUACUGCACGAAAGGAUUAAGGAACUGGAAGAGAAGGUGAGGGAGAAAGAACAGCAAUUGGCAGUAAAGUCCAUCACCAUCACCCCUCAUGAAGGCAAGUGUCCUCCUCCCUCCUGCAGGGAUGAACAACCUAUGAAUGUAACCGAGGACCACCACAUUCUAAGAAAUUCAAAUUCUCUCAACUUCCAAUCCAGUCAUGGGCUCCCAAAGCAGCAGAAGGAGCUUGCGGUUCAAGAAGUUAGGAGGAAGCGCUUGUCCACAAACAGCGAACCAGAGAACAAUAACACCGUCGUCAUCCUUCCAACUUCUUCGUUAAGCAAAAGAAAGGAACACGAAACCCUCGUGCAUGAAAUAAGGAGGAAGCGAUUAUCAAGAAACGAAGUUGAGAACAGCAAUGGUGGUUUUGUGCCAAUGGCGAGGGGCAGGAAAUCUGAUCCCCCUCCGAAGCAGUUUGUUGGGACUGUAAAACCCACCACCAAGCCAAGCUUAACUGCUGCUGCGGCUCAGAGGCCUGUGGCGCGUAGCAAUAUGAGCAGAGGAGAUCCAGUUCAGGGAGUUAAAGACAGGGAUUCCAAGAAAAGGAUCUGGUCAAGAUAAACAACAAGCUAAGGUAGUUCAAAUUUGAAGCCAACUUAUAUUGUCUUCAUCAGUGUGUGUUGUGUGUAUUGUCUUUGUCUUCAUAACCCAUUAACAAAUAUGACUGACUUGAUGUAUUUUUUUAUAUGUGUAACCUAGACAGAUAACUCGACUUUUAGGUUUACUAUCUCGUAAA